AUGCCCAGCUCAGUACUACUCUGCUGCCUGGUCUUCCUGGCUGGAGUGGGGGCCAGCCCAGACCACCGCAGCCAGUCUGAGAGCAGCUGCACCCACUUCCCAGCCGGCUUGCCCCACAUGCUCCGAGAGCUCCGAUCUGCCUUCAACAGAGUGAAGACUUUCUUUCAAAUGAAGGACCAGCUGGACAGUAUGCUGCUGAACGGGUCCCUGCUGGAGGACUUUAAGGGUUACCUGGGUUGCCAAGCCUUGUCUGAGAUGAUCCAGUUUUACUUGGAAGAGGUGAUGCCCCAGGCUGAGAACCACAGCCCAGACAUCAAGGAACACGUGAACUUCCUGGGGGAGAAGCUGAAGACCCUCAGGCUGAGGCUGCGACGCUGUCAUCGAUUUCUGCCCUGUGAAAAUAAGAGCAAGGCAGUGGAGCAGGUGAAGAGAGCCUUCAGUAAGCUCCAAGAGAAAGGCGUCAACAAAGCCAUGAGCGAGUUUGACAUCUUCAUCAACUACAUAGAAGCCUACAUGACAAUGAAGACGAAAAUCUGA